AUCUGAAUUGAUCAGACAUUUGCCUCUGAAUAGUUAAGCAAUAUACUAGCUCUUAAUGGUUCAGAUCUCUUACUGAUUCAGCACUUAAUGGUUCAGACCUCUUACUGAUUCAGCACUUACCCAUUCAGAAGUUACCAAACAGCCUCUUAGUCUCCUCCCACUUCCUAUAUAUAUACACUUCGAGGCAGAGGACAAUUCACCACCACAACAAAAUCUUCAUCCUCCUCCUCUCUCUCUUUCUCUCUCUAAGCUUCAUUUCUUUGGAAGAGAAAAUGAAGUUCCUAUCUGAUAAAAUUACAAACAAUUCACACGGACAAGAUUCAUCCUACUUCUUGGGAUGGCAAGAGUACGAGAAGAACCCCUACGAUGAAAUCAAGAACCCAAAAGGCAUCAUCCAAAUGGGUCUCGCCGAGAAUCAGCUCUCCUUCGACCUCCUCGAGUCCUGGAUGGCUCACAACCCCGAAGCUGCGGCGUUCAAGAACCCCGAGGGCGAGUCCGUCUUCAGACAACUCGCCCUCUUUCAGGACUACCACGGCCUUCCCGAAUUCAAGAACGCCAUGGCUGAGUUCAUGUCCGAAAUCCGAGGAAACAAAGUGGACUUCAAUGCCGACAACCUCGUCCUCACCGCCGGCUCUACCUCCGCCAACGAGACUCUCAUCUUCUGUCUCGCCAACCCCGGUGACGCCUUCCUCCUCCCCACUCCCUACUAUCCCGGAUUCGAUAGGGAUCUGAAGUGGAGGACCGGAGCCGAGAUAGUCCCAAUCCAGUGCUUCAGCUCCAACAACUUCAGAAUCACCGAGUCCGCCCUCGAAGAUGCUUACAAGGAAGCCCAAAAGCGUAACCUCAAAGUGAAAGGGGUUCUAGUGACGAACCCUUCAAACCCGUUGGGAACGACAUUGACCAGAGAAGAGCUCAACCUCCUCAUCACAUUUGUGGACGAGAAGGGUAUCCACCUCAUCAGCGACGAAAUCUACUCCGGCACCGUGUUUGAAUCACCCGCCUACGUGAGUGCCAUGGAGGUUCUAUCAGAGCUCAAGGACAAGACUGACGACGUGUGGGAGCGCGUCCACAUCGUCUACAGUCUCUCCAAGGACCUCGGGCUCCCUGGCUUUCGCAUCGGAGCCCUCUACUCCAACCACAAAAUGGUCGUGUCCGCCGCAACGAAAAUGUCGAGCUUCGGGCUCAUCUCGUCCCAAACGCAAUACCUCUUGGCGGCCAUGCUCUCCGACAAGAAAUUCACAAAGAAGUACUUGUCGGAGAACCAGAAGAGGUUGAGAGAGAGGCACGAAAUGUUGGUGGCCGGACUCCGGGAAGCGGGGAUCGAGUGCCUAGAGAGCAACGCAGGAUUGUUCUGCUGGGUGGACAUGAGACACCUCCUAAGCUCAAACACCUUCGAGGCGGAGAUCGAACUGUGGAAGAAGAUGGUGUACCAAGUGGGCCUCAACAUUUCUCCGGGAUCAUCGUGCCACUGCACCGAACCUGGCUGGUUCAGACUUUGCUUUGCCAACUUGUCCGAGGAAACACUUGGUUUGGCAUUGAAACGGAUAAGUUCGUUCGUGGCGUCCGAGCAACCGGUGGCGACGAGCCCUCGGAAAUCGAAUAAGAGCAGCAAGAGGAAAGGAUUCACAAAAUGGGUUUUCCGAUUAUCGCAAAAUAACGACCGUAACAGAGAGCGAUAGUCUGGUUGUCUUGGUCUAGCUAGGACUUGUAAAUUC